AAAACCAGUUAACCCUAGGCUUGGUAGACCACUCAAUCAUUUUCAAUACAAAGUCUAGUUCUACUGUAAUCAGUAACAAUUGUUCACGUUUAAAUAGGAUGCGGCUUAUUUAUGUUUUACUAGGAGUUCUCCAUUUUCUUCUCCAAUCUUCUUGUUCUGUACAAGACGACGAAAUGCUUCCUAGAAUAGGUAUAAUUGGAGCAGGGAUCAGUGGAACAUCAGCUGCCUACUUUUUGAGGCAGCUUUUUGGUGAGAAGGCAAUUAUUGAUGUUUUUGAAUCCAACAAGGUGGGAGGGAGAACUGCUGUUAUUAAAAUAAAUGGACAACACUAUGAAGCAGGGGGUAGUGUCAUUCACAAGAAGAACAGAUACAUGGUCAAUUUUGCUGAAAAGUUUAACAAAAGUGCAAUGCCUGUUUCCGCUAGUUCAUUUGGGCUAUAUGGAGAUAAUGGAAUAGUUUUUCAAACAAGCAAUUGGUUGCCGAUCACCCUUGCAAAGCUGGUCUGGAGAUAUGGGCUAAGCUUGUAUACACUUAGAGAGUGGACACAUAACAUGGUUGAAAACAAAUUUAAUAGAAUCUAUGACUUCCAGGAAAAAGGGAUGGCUUUUACCACAGUGGAAGACUUGCUGAGGGCUAUGGGUGAAGACAUGGUAAAUAUGACGCGCCACUCUCUGGUUGAAGUGUUGAACAGUGCUGGCCUGUCACCCAGAUUUAUUGAUGAACUAGCCAUGGCUGCUAUGAGAAAUAAUUAUGGUCAAACUACUAGUGUCCAUGGGUUUGUUGGUGCUGUUUCACUGAUUGGAGCAGAGCCUGCAUUGUGGUCUGUAUUAAAUGGCAACAAAGAAAUCCCAGAAGCUCUUUUACAUGAGGCCAAGGUGUCCUUUAUAGAAGCUCAAGUUAACACUGUUGCCUUGAUGAAAGAUGAGCUUGGGACAGGGAGUGUUACCUAUGAAGUGGAGUAUGAGAAGAAAAACUCCGGAGAUAAAUCUAGCACAGAUUCUAAAGAAUAUGACAUAGUCAUUGUUGCAGCUCCAAUAGAAGGAAGCAAAAGUAAAAUAUCAUUUGAUGGUUUUCCUAACCAAAUUCCAUCCUUUUCACAGAAAUAUCAUUCCACAACAGCCAUGUUUGUACAAGGAAGCAUCAAUAAAACUACAUUUAACAUUCAGCAUCAUGAUGAGUUUCCAUCAGACCUAUUUACAAUAAAUCCUGAUAUAUUUUUUAACUCAAUUGGCAAGCCAUCCCCAGUUGAUCCACAACAGUCCCCGGAUCAACCUUUUAAACCUGGGCAAGCCGUUUGGAAAACAUUCCUCAACAAAGUGCCUUCAGAAGAACAAACCAGCCUUUUAUUUGAAGAUCGUCAAGAUAUCAGAAUGGUGAAUUGGCUUGCCUAUCCAGAAUAUACACCAAAUUUGAAACUCCCACCCUUUCAGUUGUUUGAUAGAUUGUACUAUGUUAAUGCAAUUGAAUCGGCUGCAGCCGCUAUGGAAAUGAAUGUUAUAGGUUCAAGAAAUGUAGCACUUUUAGCAUUUAACCAAUGGCAUGGCAAUUUUGACAAAAUUGAUGAACCCCAUUUACCCCCUGACAAUGAUAAGGGUAAGUCUGAACUUUGAAAUAAAUGUUUAUUUUAGUAAAUAAUAAUGUAUGAUGAUAAAAGAUGCUGCAUUGUCUCAGUUCAUAAUAUAUGAAAACUAAGUAUUAUAACCCAUCCUCAACAAAUCUCUAAUUUCUUUAGGCCUUUUAUAAUACUAUUUCAUAUGUAUUGUUUGGUAGUGUACUUGCAUUUAAAAGGAAUGUUUGUGAUAUAUAUUUUAGGAGCUACUUUGAACAUAUGGAGUGCUAUUAAUAAGCUAAGAAUAUUUAUCUAAGUUGCAAUAGAAUAUUUUUUCUUGAUCUGCUUUAUCACUGUUACAUGUAAAGCAUGCACUAAGUGCAAAGUGAUUUAAAACUGACAUAUGAUAAUUGAUUGCAUUUUUAAAAUUUCUCACUGCAUAAAAAAAAUAAUAUGGAGAUCAGAAGUUGUAAUGCAUGCAGUUUUGAUUAGACAUUUGUGGCAUUUCUGUACAUUUAAGCAUAUGAAAAUAUUUCAAAACCUUAAUGAACUCAAAAUAAAGAGAGUUCAUUCUUGUUGACAUGAAUAAUAAAAUAUGUUUGCAUUUUCUCUGGUGAUUUUCUGUUCUAAUUGCUGUAUUACUUGUAAUUGAAAUUUCAAUUAUUGAUUUGUUACAAAUUUAUCUGGUGGUAGAAAUUUGGUAUUGUUUUGAAAAUAUGCUUUGUAAAAAAAGCUUUUCUUAUUCCAACCUCAACAUUGCAAUAUUGGUUGUUUUCUGGUUGUAACUUCCAAAUAAUUUUUUUUUCAAAAGCCUGCUGGCCCUUUUCUAGAGCUUCCAGUUUUAUUGGAAUAAUUCCUUUAAGUAUUACUUCUAUUUUUGGAAGAACUAUUCUAGUUUGCUUGUUUUAACUUUUAGUGAUGUUUUAAUUUAUGCAAUGGAACAUAUGGCUUUUUAGAGGUUACUUAAAUAAUUUUUGUUGCAUUUUUUUUAUUGUCUUUUUUAUUCAAAGUUUGUAAUGCAUUUUUUUUUCUUUUUAAAAUCAUCAAUGUAUUUUUUAACUUACUGCAAUCUGAUACAGUGCUUUAGUCUAUUGUCACUGCCAAAUUAGUCAUUUUUAUCAACUUUAAUGUUUAAUUAGAACUUAAAUAUAUUGUUGUUUUUUGUAGGUGGUAGUAUUAUUCUAAGAAAAUUACUUGUAUUUAAAAUUUACACACCUUCAUAGUCGUGUGCAAGAGUUGCCAAUACAUUUGUGACAUAAACUCUACAUUCAUGGUUCCAUAUGUUGGUCGUGUUGUACUUGUUGAAAACCGCAUAAAAACUGGAUCUUAUGCUAACCAUUGUUUUUUAUGAGAUUAAAGUAAUUGUAAAUGAAAUGUGGAAAUGUGUUUACAAAUCUAUUAAUCAAUAUUUAUGUUGUCAUUGUAUUUUCUGUG